AUGGAGAAAGUUGUUGGCCAGGCAUCGGCAAGUUCCGAUCAUACCCCUUUCCUCAGAACCCCUUCAAGUGACAAGCAGGCUACAGCCAUUCCUGUCGUCUGUUAAGUCAUGGCGGUGUUGACGUUGUUGGUCCCUGGCUCUCCUCCCUGCAUGCCUGAACAGUGAAGAUUCUGGCAUAAUAGCUCUGUAACAUCCAAGUCGUCUAUACUCGGGUUGUACGCUGCGUUAAAUAAUAAGCCCCUUCUGGAAUACCACUAGCUGCACAUUGCAGAGUGGCCGGCAUUUUAUGAAUGCCUGACCAACACGAUACACCUCUCAGCGUUAAUGACCCUUUGAUUCACCAUCUAACAUGGGGAGACAUCAUUCGCCUUACGCUUACCUCUCAAGCUUGCCUUCUUAGUUUCAUCAGUUUUCUAUUCGUUCUCCUUGUCACUAUUCGCAAUGCCAUCCAUCGGCGGCGGCGGCGGCGGCAGCGCAGACCUACAGCACCAAUGAGGACACAGGGCAUCUUUCAGAAACCUAUGUAUACUCUCCUAGUACUUUUACUCUGCAUCAUCAGCGCAGAUAUCUUACAAACCAUCGGUUCUGCGCUGGAUCUGGAAUGGAUUCGUGGUGGCUAUCUCGCAGAAGUUGCCGAAGUUCCCUUUGCUCAAGGUAAUUCUUCAAUUAUAUAUGCCUGUAUCAUGAUACUUUAUCAUACCACGUUAGGGGCUCUUAAACAGAUAAGCAUUGUGCUGAGCAGCCUGCUAAAUAACGGUACUUUCUUACCAUAAUCAUGUGGCAGGUCGUCGCUUUAUUGUAACUAUUUCCAUCUUGUGUUUAUCUCAUAGCACAAAACAGUUUUUUGCACGUCG